GGAGAAGCGGCUUAUAGCGCAGCGCCUGCAGGUGCUGACCAUGGCGGAACCGGCAGAGUCACCUGUGGCACUACUGGGGCGAAACGCAUCUAUGCUACGACUGCUGGGGCUGUAUCAACAAAAACACGACGGCAGUAAAGUCAAAGCCGCUCUCCUCUCCGCUUUCUCUCUCAUCUUUCUCCUUCACCACCCAGUCUUUGCUGCUAUGAAGCUCUACAUGGACCCGCCAGAAGACUUAGUAGAGUUUGCAUUAUGCUCAUUCUCUUUCAUAAUCAGCGACGGUGUUUUUAUAAAGACCGCAAUUUUCAUCGCAGACAGAGGAAUGUUGCACCAGAUGUUGGAGGUACUGUCUGAAUCCAGGAGACUCUACGGUCGUGAAGAGGCGAACAAGAGGAUUCGAAGCCGUUACGAGGAUCUCGCCGAACGAGUACUGCUGUAUAUGCAGGUGUCGACGAUGGUGGCCUCUGUCGGCUGGCUGGGGGCCCCUCUCGUGUCCCGCGCGCUGUUCGCAGCCUCAGGCGAGUCCGGGGAAGUCCCACGCAAACUGCCGCUGCCUGUCUGGCUGCCAGUGGAUGUCCAGGCGUCGCCCACCUACGAGAUACUCUACGUCUUAGAGGUCUACACCACCACGCUCACUGGCCUCGUCACCCUCUGUAUAGAUGUCCUCUUCAUUAGACUCAUGCUCAUGGUCACCGCCGAGCUUGAAGUUCUGAACUACAAUGUUUCGACUAUGGCAAAGGGGCGUGAAAAAAAUUCAGACGAUCUAUAUAACCAUGGUCAUAAACAGAAUAUGGAGACCCAGGACUUUUACAGGAGAGAUAGAGCACUUCAGAUGGCUGAAACAGUCUACAAACAUGGCUCUGAUUUCCAGUUGUAUCAAGAAUUAGUGACCAACGUUCGCCAUCAUCUGAUCAUCCUCAGGACCGUCGACUUGUUGGAGGCAGCAAUGAGCAAAUCGAUUAUAAUCCUUCUCUUUAUUAAUAUGGGUGCUUUAUGUUCUAAUCUCCUCGUUGUCGGUGUGCUGUUGCAGGCUGGUGGGGGAGUGACACGACCCCUGACUCUGACCGCCAUGAUACCCUUCCUGCUGUACCAGACUGGCAUGUUCUGCGUCUUCGGGCAGUUGGUAACCGACCAGAGCGAGAAAUUGAUGAUCUCCGCAUUCAGCUGUGGAUGGAACGAGAGUGACGCCCGUUUUAGACGCAGCCUGCUGAUCUUCAUGGCGAUGGUGAAUCGACCUCUGGAGAUCACUGUCGGGAAAACCUGCAAACUCUCCAGAGAAAUGUUCCUGCAGGUGCUGAAUGGAUCGUACACGUUGUUCAACAUGUUUUAUCAAGUGCACAGUACAUCGUGAAAUGUCGGCACUGGCUGCAUUCUGGAAGAAUUCAACUUAUCCUUUUAUAAUUCAGUAAUCCACUG